AAAAAUUCUUCUUAUAUGUCGGGCCCCAACACCACUUGGACUUGGUGUAUUCAAAUGGGAGCUCAAGGAAUUAAUUUAAAACACACAGUAGUUCAGGCAGAGGCAGGCAUGAGUAGAGGCAGUGCAAAUAAGGAAGAAAAACUGGAACCGGUACAUGACUCCGUGGACUACAAGGGCCGUCCACUCCUCAAAUCCUCCUCCUUUGGGGGUUGGAGAUCCGCUAUGUUUAUUAUAGGUGUAGAGGUGGCUGAGAGAUUCGCCUACUACGGCAUCUCGUCGAAUCUGAUAACCUACUUGACGGGUUCGCUCGGCGAGUCCACCGCAACUGCGGCUGCGCGCGUUAACUUGUGGUCCGGUGUAGCUUCAUUGCUGCCUCUGCUUGGUGGUUUCGUUGCUGAUUCUUUCCUUGGCCGUUAUCGCACCAUUGUUAUUGCUACGAUUGUCUACCUAUUGGGACUAGGCAUGUUGACUCUGCUUGCCGUGAUUACUUCUCAUGACUGCCCAAAAAAUGGCGCUAGAAAAUCGUGUUCUCCUCCUCAACUCCAUAUAGGCUUGUUCUACUUUGCUUUAUACAUAGUCGCAAUCGGACAAGGUGGACACAAGCCUUGUGUUCAAGCAUUUGGAGCAGAUCAGUUUGAUGGGAAAGACCCAGAAGAGAGCAAAGCCAAAAGCUCAUUCUUCAAUUGGUGGUACUUCAGUUUAUCAAUGGGCAUAGUUGUAACACUUCUGGUGUUGGUCUACAUUCAGGACAAUCUCAGUUGGGCCCUCGGAUUCGGAAUCCCCUGUAUCGCAAUGGUAGCUGCAUUGGCCAUUUUCUUGUUGGGAACCAAGACCUAUAGAUACAGUGCCAAGGCAAAGACAAAGCACCCAAUUGUGAGAAUUGGUCUAGUGUUUGUCGCGGCAAUUAAGAACUGGAAAAUCACUCCUCAGGCGAUAGAAUUUCAAGAGGAAGGUUGUGGCUCCUCACCUCCUCAUAUUUCCAAGCAGUUCAAGUUCUUAAACAAAGCUUUGUUCAAACCAGCUGGUGUUGUGGAGGAUGGGAAAGCCUGUAGUAUCACAGAGGUUGAAGAAGCAAAGGCGAUAAUGAGGCUCAUUCCAAUAUGGGUUUCAUGCUUGGGUUAUGGCAUACUCUUUGCACAAGUAUCAACCUUCUUUACAAAGCAAGGAGUUACCAUGGACAGAACACUCACGUCAAGCGUCAAUAUUCCACCUGCUACGCUACAAAUUUUCAUUGGCGUCUCAAUUGUUCUCUUGAUUCCAGUGUAUGAUCGAGUUUUCGUUCCGAUAGCAAGAUCGGUAACUAAGAAAUCAUCUGGUAUCACCAUGCUUCAGAGAAUAGGAAUUGGUAUGGUCUUAUCCGCUAUGGCCAUGGUAAUUGCAGCUCUAAUAGAGACAAAAAGGCUCAACACAGCACAAGAACAUGGUCUAGUUAACAUACCAAAAGCAACCCUUCCAAUGAGUGUAUGGUGGCUGGUUCCCCAGUACAUUCUGUUUGGUGCUGCAGAUGUGUUCACUAUUGUUGGUUUGCAAGAAUUCUUCUAUGAUCAGGUCCCAACAGAGUUGAGGAGUAUGGGUCUUUCCUUUUAUUUGAGUAUUUUUGGUGUAGGGAGCCUCUUAAGCAGCCUGCUUGUCUCUGUUAUUGACAAAUCACAUAAAGAUAGCUGGUUUGAUAAUAACCUUAACCAGGCACAUCUUGAUCGGUUCUACUGGUUACUGGCUGGACUAAGUGGCGGAGGUUUUCUUUUGUUUUUGUAUUUUGCUAAAUCUUACAUUUAUAAGAGGUAGAUUAUAUAUCUAAAUGUGCUCACUUUCUUCAACUGUUAGAUUGUUCAUCUAAUGUUGACAUGAAAGCUAGGCAUUGCUGUUUUCUUGUGGUGCAUUUGUUUGUGAAGCAGGAGUUUGAUAGUGCUAUCAUUGCUGGUUUAAUCCAAUGCGUCUGCAGCUAAGAACGUGAACGCGUGGAUCGAUACCCCACCAUUGUCGUCUAUUCUCUUGCAUAUAUUUUGGUAAAUCUACCAUAUGUUUAUAUAACUUGUCAAUGCGGUCCCAUUCCUUAAUGAAUUUCUGGUUUUUACCUGGAUUUGAAAUUAUUCAAGCU